CGCACGUUGAUCUGGGCACGUGACACGCGCCGUUGGCAAUCCUGUGUAAAUCCGAAGUCGUCCUCACGGUGUUCUCCCCACCGAUGUUUUAACCUCCCUCGGGCCCUCCCGAGGACGGAUCCACCGAGCCGGAAUAAUUGCGGGAGGAUUUUUGUGACAAUCGCGAGGUUGAUUCUCCGUUGACCGUCCAGCGGAAUCUUCACUGACUAGCAACUAACCCUCCGCACAUUGCACCUCUGGCCAACAUGGCGGCGACGUUAGGUCGGAUUUGUAAAUCGGGUCUUCUAAAACCGAAUUAUGGCACGUUACUCGGCCAGAUCAGUAAUUUUUCUACGGUGAAAGAUUGGCCUAGGAGUCGGAAAGUGUUAUUAACAUGCUUAGGAGUGACUGCAGGAGGCAUCAGUGCCUUCAUCUAUGCUUUAGAUAGCUCAGUUAGAGCUACUGAUUUGAUAGCUCAUGCUCCAACGUACAAAUGGGAUUUUUAUGGGUGGUUCAACUCAUUAGAUCAUGCUAGUAUGCGACGAGGAUGGGAGGUUUACAAAAAUGUGUGUGCAGCUUGUCACAGUCUACAAUAUGUGGCAUAUCGUCAUCUUGUUGAUGUUACUCACACUGAAGCAGAAGCCAAAGCCCUCGCAGAAGAAGUCAUGGUGGAUGAUGGUCCUAACGAAGUAGGAGAAUACUUCAAACGUCCAGGAAAAUUAUUUGAUUAUGUGCCAUCACCAUAUCCGAAUGAAGAAGCUGCUAGAGCAUCAAACAAUGGUGCUUAUCCACCUGAUUUGUCUUAUAUAGUUAAUGCCAGGCACAAUGGAGAGAACUAUAUUUUCUCUUUAUUGACUGGAUAUUGUGACCCGCCAGCCGGUAUACAUUUAAGAGAAGGACAAUAUUUUAACCCAUAUUUUGCAGGUGGUGCUAUCGGUAUGGCACAAGCUAUUUAUGACGAAGUCUUAGAAUAUGAAGAUGGUACUCCAGCAACUGCUUCUCAAGUGGCAAAAGAUAUUACCACAUUCCUAAUGUGGACUGCCAAUCACGAAUUCGAUGAACGAAAACAAAUGACUAUUAAGGGUAUUGGAAUAUUAACACUUCUCACUGCCGCUGCAUACUAUUUCAAGCGACACAAAUGGACAACUAUAAAGAGUACAAAGAUAAUGUUUAUCCCGAAAAAGUACCGUUAGCCAAUGGAAAUUAACUCGGCGAUGUUAGCUAUUGUGCUGGUAUCGGAAUGUAGUUUCGCAAUUUAAGCAAUGUAUCCGGCAAGUUGUGGCUCCUCUCUGACGAUUUAAACUUAUUCAUAUUGCUUGUCGUACAGCAUUCGGCAAACCGUCAAUUUGUCAUCACUACCAAAUCUAUUAAAUUAACUAUUGUAUAUAGUUAUAUUGAAUGGAGUCAUCGUCUGAUUUAAAUAAAUUGUUAAACAUAAAAAA